AGUGACGAGAAAAAAGAUCAAAAAUUAAUAUAUCAUUCUCGUAGUUUAUGGGAAUCGAAUCCAAAGGCUGACAAAAAUAGAAAGUUUUCAACCAUUAAACUAAUCUGCCAUUCACUGUAGUUUUUCUUUUUUUUUUAAUCUUUAUUGCAAAACUGUCCCAAAGUGAAUGUGAGUAUAGAGAUUGUGAUUGUUUCCUUUUCCUUUAUAUACCUCUUAUAAGGCACACAAAUAUUUCACAUCUAAGCUAGGAAAAUACAUUAUCCUGUGAUGUAUUUUCCACAUUCUUCAACACUUGUACUCUUUCUUUAACCACAUUCUUUUAAAAGACAUUGUAUCAUCAUUAUCUUCCUUUGAUAAUGGAACCUUUUACCGUGUUACUAAUAUUAGCCAUCAUUUCGGCGUAUGUAAUAUGGUUCAAAUCAAUUGUACGGCCACUUCGCGGUCCACGAGUGUGGCCAUUAGUUGGUAGUUUACCGGGAUUGAUCGCAAAUGGAAAAUGUAUGCAUGAAUGGAUCGCUGAGAAUCUCCGUUCAUGUGGUGGUACGUACCAGACUUGUAUUUGUGCACUUCCAUUUUUGGCAGGUAAACAAGGUCUGGUAACUGUAACAUGUGAUCCACGUAAUCUUGAACAUAUUCUCAAAACAAAAUUUGAUAAUUACCCAAAAGGUCCCACAUGGCAAGCAGUUUUCCAUGAUUUACUUGGUGAAGGGAUUUUCAAUUCUGAUGGUAAUACAUGGUUAUUUCAGAGGAAAACCGCUGCCCUAGAAUUUACAACACGUACACUAAGACAAGCAAUGGGUCAAUGGGUGAAUCAAGCUAUAAAAACAAGAUUUGUACCCAUUUUAGAAGAGGCACAAGUUAAGGGUACAUCAGUUGAUCUACAAGACUUGUUGCUUAGGCUUACUUUUGAUAAUAUUUGUGGUUUGGCUUUUGGGAGGGACCCACAAACACUUCAACUAGGGUUACCUGAAAAUGGGUUUGCAUUGGCUUUUGAUCAAGCUACCGAAGCUACACUACAAAGGUUUAUUUUGCCUGAGUUUAUUUGGAGGUUUAGGAAAUGGCUUGGGCUUGGUAUGGAGGUUACUUUGAGGGAGAGUGUUGCACAUGUGGAUAAGUAUUUGACUAAUAUUAUUAAUACACGUAAGCAUGAGUUGACUAGUCAGCAGGAAAAGAAGGUCCCUGAUGAUUUGUUGUCAAGGUUUAUGAAGAAAUCUACAUCCUAUUCAGAUAAGUUUCUUAAAAAGGUUGUACUUAAUUUUAUCUUAGCUGGACGAGACACGUCCUCUGUGGCACUUAGCUGGUUUUUUUGGUUAGUUAGUUAUCAUCCAUGUGUGGAAGAAAAGAUUCUGAUGGAAAUUUGCACCGUCUUGAUGGAGACACGUGGAAAUGAUAUCUCGAAGUGGACUGACGGUCCGUUGGAGUUUGAAGAAGUUGAUCGAUUGAUAUAUCUUAAGGCAGCACUAUCCGAGACACUUAGGCUGUACCCUUCUGUACCAGAAGAUUCUAAGCAUGUUGUGGCUGAUGACGUGCUUCCAGAUGGCACAUUCGUACCAGCUGGAUCCGCCAUCACAUACUCAAUAUACUCAGCAGGGCGUAUGAAGUUCACAUGGGGGGAAGAUUGUUUAGAAUUCAAACCUGAAAGAUGGUUAUCAUCAGACGGUAAGAAAAUAGAACUAAACGACUCAUUCAAAUUUGUCUCGUUCAAUGCAGGUCCAAGGAUUUGCCUAGGGAAAGACUUAGCCUACCUCCAAAUGAAAUCAAUAGCCGCAUCCGUCCUACUCCGACACCGACUAAACGUGGCACAAGGCCACAAGGUAGAACAAAAAAUGUCAUUGACACUAUUCAUGAAAAAUGGGUUAGUGAUGGAUGUUCACCCUAGGGAUUUGUCACAUGUAGUUGCCAAAAUUAACAAGAACAUUACCAAGACGGCUAAAUAAGUGGUUAAAUUUGUUAGGGAGGCAAGUAUAAUGAGCCUUAAAAGGUGGUUAGAAGACUACUUUUGUUUGGGGGCAAAGGAUGACUAGUUGGAGUGGAGAUUGUGAAUAUAUGCCACAUUUAGAACAAAACAAGAGCAUUAAAAAUUAUUGUUGUUUGUUAUCUAUAUUCUAUAGUAUAUUUGUGAACCAAUAAAGCGACCUUUACUUAUUUUGAUUCAUGACAACCGUUUAGGGAAUACUAGAAUUAAAUAUAUAUAUAUAUGCAUAUGUCAGUAUAGUUCAUUACACAAGUUUGUUACCAAAACUCUGUCAUGGAUCAAUCUUCGCAAGUUUAAUACAUGAUAUACACUACUAUUAUUCCAA